CGGGUAUACUCUGGCCUGUUACACCGGGUUCGAUUCCCCACACGAGUACAAUGCAUGACGCCCAUUAUUGAUGCCCCCUUCCGUGAUUUUGUUGGAAUGUUUUGAAACUUACUCAGGUGUGUAUGAGAGUGUCCACACAGAUCGUUGAUAAGCGCUAACCUCAGUUACCACAUAUACAGGCACGGUGAUAAUGUUUACGCACUACUUAUGUUGUCCAACUCAAAUCAAUAGCGGCGCGCAGGGUUGUUUUGCUAACCGUAUGCUAUAUAUAGGUACAGGUGUCGUUACGUCAACGGUACUAGAUCAGGUAGUGCCCGCUGAUGUGUAACUAAAUACAGCUCCUUCGCUGUAUGGAAUGGAACUCACUGAACAAUGGAUUUUGCGUUCAAUAAUCAUCUCUAUAUUAGUACUGGUAUUUCCACAGUUUUCGUGGUUCCUUAGUUGAUCUUAAAAUACUCACUGACGUGGGAGAAUUUCCACUAGACUCUGCUCCGUUCGGUGCAUUAUUCAAAGCCCAGUCGCAGUCGUGGUGCAGUAUAAACAACGCAUGUCGGAUUCGGUUCUUCGUCAAAUUAACUCAACUAUUUACUCCACAGAUUGACAAACUAUGGAAAAACAGGGUAUUGAGGAUUCCACAACGAAGCAAACUGGAAGUGCAAGGUCUCCAACUGUGCCAGACCUUCUCGACAUUGUCGAAGAAUGGGCAACGAAGAUGUACAAAGUAACAAAACCUGAGGCUAAAGAUAUUCGUAUGGAUAUAAUAUGGAAGAAGCUGAACUUUACCUCGUCUUUUGAUGAUUUUGAGAACAAGAAGUAUGUCAAAGAUCCAGCCCCACAGGUGCUACUUACAACAAGCUUCGAGAAUCAUACGAAGAAAAACCAACCUCAAGAAUUUGAGGCCAGUGAAACAUCAACUUCUACUGCUACUACAACUCUUAAAAGGGGAUUUACUCGGGGAAAUACAGGGGAUAUAAAUCUCACUGUUCCUAAGAAGAUUCGGGCUACAGCGUCUCAUUUCAACGAGGAAAUUGUAAUCAAUGAAGAUGGGAAAAAGACUGAACGAACCAGAAAGUGGAAGGGGAAGACAUCGUUUGAUGCCAUUGCUCAGAAAAACACAAUUGUCCAAAUGUUAAUUCUUCAAAAGGAAUACCAUUGUGACUUCACGAUGACAGAGACUCUCCGUGGAACGGUCAUUGCUAACAUUACAAGCAACAUUUCCGAAGUUCCAGUUACUGCGCAAAGUUCUAUUGUCACUAUCUUUCAAGAUUUUAAGGACCUGUUUCCUGAUUACGUCACUUGCAAGGGAAACCACAUCGUCUGGCCGAUCGAAGGACAUAUUGCAUUCAGAUACGGGGUUGAAGUGAAAACAAGGUAUUGGUAUGAAGAAAUACCGGAGGACAGCAAAAGAAAACCCCAAAACACUGUAGAAGGAAAUCGUGAGGAUCGUGAAGACCAAAGCCAAGUAGAAGAUGAUGACAUCGCGGGUGGCCACGUAAGUGCAGACAGCUCGGAUGACACUACCGACUUCGAUGGUGAUACACUGGAUGUUGAUGAAGACUUGUUUGGUUACACAAGAAGAAUUUUUUUCUGAACACCAUCGUACUUUCCAGAUGUCUUUUGCCGAUAAGAAAGAUGCCCCGAAACCGAAACCCCCAUCAUGGACUGGAAAUCUACUUUUUACAAGUACGGGUUCGUGGCCGUCAUUGGACACUGUGUCAGGAGGAGGAGAAAUCGUAUUUGCAAAUUCUCAAAAACGUCUUUCGCUUCACAGCCUUAAUUCGAGUUUAUCACAGCGGAGCUUGAUGGACUAUACAGAAUACCUGAGGGACAAGGCCGUUUCUCAACAGUGAUGAAGGUACAAUGUCUUAUGAAAUAUUUUAGUGUUUGAGAAGGAGCGAAAGGGACAAAGAAUAUAGACGUUCUGGUGAAACAUAUAGACACUUGUUUUAGAUAACCAAGACUACAAAGUUAGGGAUGUUAGAUUCUAAGUGGCUGACGGCUUGCACAUUGAGAUCAGUUUGUUUGUACAGACCAGGUCUUUGGUGUUGGAAUGAGUGAGUGAGUGAGUUUAGUUUUACGCCGCUUUCAGCAAUAUUCCGGCAAUAUCACGGCGGGGGACACCAGAAAUGGGCUUCACACGAUGUGCCCAUGAGGUGUUGGAAGUAGUUUCAUUGUGAAUAAUUACGUGAAGUAAGAAACCAAAGAAAUUAUUUUCGUUAACUUUGUUAUGCAUAAUAAUUAUAUGGAGGGAAUGUGUAUCAACAUUCUAAUAUAUUUGUGCAGUGCCAGUACCGUUAUAUUGUUGUUGUUACAGUAUGUUUAGACGCUGGCCUGUGUUACAUUUUAAAAAAAAUGUUUUAUGUAUUAACUUUCAAUAAUAUAAAUUAUUUUAGCUAUUUUUUUUCGUUUUCUUUGUUGUGCAUAACAUUAUGUUUUAGAAGCCUGACUUCGUUACCAGUUUACCUGAAAUGUACUGAUACUAUUCGAGUUGAUUGUAAACCAUUAAACAAUUUACAUGCGUAUACAUCCUGUAAAUAAAUAAUUUAAACAA